AUGAGCAGAAAGAUCAGAGCUUUGGGAUCCAAGAACAAUACAAUACAUUUUGUGACUGAGUUUAUCCUCCUGGGUUUCAGUAACCAGGGGAAGAUGCAAAGUUUCUUCUUCUCCUCAAUUCUGAUUCUUUACCUCCUGACCUUGCUGGGGAAUGGAGCGAUUGUUUGUGCUGUGAGGUGGGAUCAGAGGCUCCACACACCCAUGUACAUCUUCCUGGGAAACUUUGCCUUUUUAGAGAUAUGGUAUGUCUCUUCCACCAUUCCAAACAUGCUGGUCAAUAUCCUCUCUGAGAGUAAGACCAUCUCCUUCUCUGCCUGCUUCCUCCAAUUCUAUUUCUUUUUUUCACUUGGUACAACAGAGUGUUUCUUCUUGUCAGCUAUGGCUUAUGACCGAUACCUGGCUAUCUGUCGACCAUUACACUACCCCUCUAUCAUGACUAGAAGGUUCUGUGUCAUCCUGAUUUGUAUCUGUUGGGUGAGUGGAUUCCUCUGCUAUCCAGUCCCAAUUGUUCUCAUCUCCCAGCUUCCUUUCUGUGGACCUAACAUCAUCGACCACUUUGUGUGUGACCCAGGACCAUUGUUUGCGCUCUCCUGUGUACCCGCUCCUUCCACUGAGCUUCUCUGUUAUACCUUCAACUCAAUGAUUAUUUUUGGGCCCUUCUUCUCCAUCUUGGGAUCCUACACUCUAGUACUCAGAGCUGUGCUUCGAGUUCCUUCUGGUGCCGGUCGAACUAAAGCUUUCUCCACAUGUGGAUCCCACUUAGUGGUUGUGUCUCUGUUCUAUGGAACUCUUAUGGUGAUGUAUGUGAGCCCAACAUCCGGGAACCCUGCAGGAAUGCAGAAGAUCGUUACUCUGAUUUACGCAGCCUUGACACCCCUCUUAAACCCUCUCAUCUAUAGUCUCCGAAACAAAGACAUGAAAAAUGCCUUAAAGAAAGUUUUUUUUGGAAACAGUUCUAUUAGAAACAUGAAACCAGAUAUAACGGAAAAUAUUCCAGACACAACUUCAUGA